AUGCCAACACCUAAAUCUUCUCCGCCGCCAACGCCACCAAGGCGGUCACAUUCUCCAACUCCCACCACCUACCCGGCGCCUGACCGAUCACCCAAUCGGUCACGUCCAAAGCACAAAAAACAAUCUCAUCAUAAUUCCCCAUCCCCUUCUCCUCCUCAAGAAUCAUCAAUUCACAGAAAACCAUCCAAAUCCAAGAAACUACUAAAUGGUUUCCGUUCCGUUUUUCGUUCAUUCCCAAUCAUGAAUCCCACCUGCCGUAUGCCGUCUAUCCACGUCACUCGCCUCCACGAAGGAGGGAGCAACCACGUUGUCCACGGUGGUACCCGUGUGACGGGUACCCUAUUUGGAUGCAAGAGAUCCCGAGUUAAUUUAGUGAUCCAAGAAAACCCGAGAUGUCUACCCAUGCUUGUCCUGGAGUUGUCCAUUAUGACUGGAAAACUGCUCCAGGACAUGGGGUCGGGUUUGGUUCGAAUUGCACUGGAAUGCGAGAAGCAUCCGAGCGACAAGACCAAGAUGAUGGAUGAGCCCAUAUGGACUAUGUAUUGUAACGGGAGAAAAACAGGAUAUGGUGUUAAAAGAGAGGCUACUGAUGAUGACCUGAAUGUUAUUGUUCAGACACUUCAGGCUGUUUCUAUGGGGGCCGGAGUGUUGCCGUCCGGCCAAGAGUCAACCGACGGAGAGAUGACUUAUAUGAGAGCUUACUUUGAACGUGUGGUUGGGUCUAGAGAUUCGGAAACUUAUUAUAUGAUGAACCCGGAUGGGAAUACUGGACCCGAACUUAGUAUUUUCUUUGUUAGAGUUUAA